UAUUAAAAUGCUACAGUUGGCUUGCCUGUAAUUGGUAUUUUAGCCAAAAGACUGGUCAGUUGGGCCACAGUGCUGUGGCAGGCUGCAUUGCCAACAUGUUGCUGGAUGAGUUUUGCGUAAAGGUUUACUUUUGGCCACUGCUGUCGUAUUUGGCCAACAUCAAGGGCUUGUGUCCGUUGUAUCCAACAGGUUACUAUCCAGUUUAUACGUACUAUCCGCCAACAUCAACGACUGCCACACUAACGCCUGCUCCGUCCACGCCCAUAGUGAUACCAACAUUUCAACCCACGCCGCCAUUUCCCACAACAACUACGACAACAACAACAACUACAACAACCACAGCAGCUACAACAACAACUGCAGCAAUUACAACUACGCCAGCACCUACUUGUCCGCCGCAGCCAUUUGUUUGCCUGCCUGGUGGCGUGCCUCCACUACCCAACUGUCCCUGCAUAGAUCCGCGCCAGCAACAGCCGCCCACAACGCCAGCAGUCAGUGCGGCACUCAUCGGUGCGGAUAUGAUGAUAUUCAUGCCACUAAAUGCGCCACAUCGUCGUCGUCGCCGUCGUCGGCGACGUCACUUAGCUACAGCAAGGCACUAGAUCCCACCCACAACACCAGCACCUAAUGAACAUUAGUUGUAGCAGCAAUAGUAACACACAAAAAUGCGCAAUAAAUUAUUAAACAAAACCCCAAUUGGCAAACACUUGGCACUUGUAUCCUUGCAAACCCAAACGUUCCCACACUCUGCUCAUCUCUAUUGCAGCGCAGUCGCAGAACUGCCAGGAUGCGCGUGGACGCGCUGGCAGCUGUCUACCGCUCAGCUCCUGCGCACACUUAAUACAGGAGUAUCAAACGCAGUCCGAGCCCAGUGCGUUUCAAGCCUUUAUGGGUCAGUCCAUCUGCGACUUUGAUGGCGAAAGCUUUUGGGUAUAAGCCAGUGCAACUCACUGUUAAACUUUAAUAACUCA